AGUAUGAUGCUUGAGUCUUUCCUUAGUUGAGAAUAACUUUUUAUUUUAUGUUGUGCAGGUGCCUCUUUGGUGUGGACAGUCAAGAGGGGGAGGCUAACCAAAUUUUUGCUGGCAUCUUCCCUAUCUGCCAGUGCCGUUCUAAAAAUGUCUCCACAGGAAUGUAUCAGCAAACAGACGCAAUGACUUCACCAACAGAGAAAAUCGUGCUGAAAAGCACCUCAACAGUUUCCCUCAACGAUCGCUUCACGACCAUGCUGAACAACAAGCAGCUGGAGCCAGUGGCUAUACGAGGCAACAUACAGCAAGUGGCCAGUGUCCGCAACAGGAGACUGGCUCUGCAGAUGGAGAACAGGACCUCUGUGCAGGCUGCCUUGCAGCCCAAGAGCCUGAAUCAGCACCUGGGGAAGGGCAAUGUCCUGGCAGGGCUAGGUCAGCCCAUGGGGACCCUGAUGCGGGGGGCCACCAGAAGCCAAGGGUUUGCUGUAAGGGGACUGCGAGGGAUGAACCGAGGAGGUUUCAGAGUGUGCGGAAACAACAGAAGGGGCUUUUUCAGAGGUGGCUAUGCUUUCAGAGGUGUGAAUCAGAUGCGUGCCCGGGGAGGGGUGACUAAGCUUAGGUUUCGUCAGGGCUUGAGGCUGCAAGGUGGCCAGCUUAACAAUGCUGGAGUGUUGGUUAGCUGCGGAGCCAGGAAUGGACUGGGCCUGAGAGGAAGAGGCAGAGGAGCGGGUCUGGGCCUGCGUGGCCGGGGAGGGUUCUGGGGCCUAGGCAUACCUGAAAAAAUCCCCACCAAAGAGGAACUGGACAACCAACUAGACGACUACAUGUCAAUGACCAAGAGCCACCUAGACGCAGAGCUGGAUUCCUACAUGACCAUGGCAGGCUCUGACUACAUUGAGUAAAACCCUGCUGGAAGACUGGUGUAGGCAGCAUCAACAAAUGCGCUGAGGCUGUCCAGGGGUAAUUCAUUAGUAGAACUGCCCCUCACUGGAAACAGAUGGAUGUGACAACCAGGGUCUCUGGCUUACUCAGAACUAUUGUUGGACAGCACUAUUUGUGGACAAAUAUGUGGUGGUACACACACAAGCCCAGAAGCAUGUGUUAUGUGGCUGAAUUAGAGCUCUCUAGAGUCAUACUUUAACUGUUUCACACACUUGAGCUGUUAUGUUCUUUUCAUAAUUUAUUCAUUUAUAAGCUUAGCUCUGUGCUGAGCAGGGUGGUCUAAAACCUUGCCUAAGAAAUAAGUAUGAAGGUCUGCAGGACUUGUCUAAGAAAAUAAUUAAUUGUUCAGUAAAAUCACAAGCAAGCUAACCAAUUCUCUUUGCUCAGGUACAUUAUAGGUUUGUCCAAGACACUUCACACUAUGGAUUUCAUGUGUUUGCUACAAUGUUAUGUUUCAAAACGGAGUCUUUUUUUGUCAUUAAUUUGUGAAAGACAACGGUAUGUACCUCAGCUAGCCAGGUUUGGCUGCAUUGUGGAUUUAUUUUAGCUGAGAAAUAUUGCCACCAUUUGUAGUAAGAGGACUAGUUAUCCAACCGGUUCCUGUCCGAGAAUGUUUUUUGAGAAUGAAUGGCCCAACUGUUACAAAUAUUCUUGUGUUUUGAUAUGUUCAACAUUGUUUUAAUGAAAAUAUUUAAAGGUGUUGCUACCCAAUG